CAAAGAAAACUGCUUCCGCCACUAAACGUCAUAUCUUCUUCAAUGAUCGACAUAAUACAAAAUAUCUUCUUUUUAUGACCCCCGGGAAAAAAUGGGGUAUUUUCUUGCACAAAUAAGUAAAUGCCACAUGUAACUGUGAUAAUGAAUAGAACUCAUAGAAUACUAAGAGUUGAGGACAAGCAACAUGCCAUUUUGGAAUAACUGAGACCUGCAAUGGGAUGUGACGUGUCCAAAGACUCAGGUGGUGGGCAUAAUCGAAAAAAAAACGAACCAUUUCUUCUCCAAGAAAUUAGAGAUCAUAAAGGUGGUAUAAACUGCAUGGUGCUAAGUGACGAUAGCUCGCUUUUAGUUACUGGCAGCGAUGAUAGGACAGUACGAAUGUGGAGUACCCUCUCUGACCCUACAGAGUGUUUGGGUGUUCUAGAGGGGCAUGACGGUUACAUAACGUGCUGUGCAGUCCAUGAACAGUGCGUGAUUACAGGCUCCUCUGACUCUACAAUUCGGAAAUGGUUUAUAGCCACUGCUGAAUGUAUAGCCAUCUACACUGGCCACACUGCCCGUAUAUCUCGUCUUCUGUGUGUUGGUCAACUCAUUUUUUCUACAUCGAGUGACCAUUCAGUGAGAGCAUGGCUUUUUGAUCUUAGAGAGAUUUCCGACGACCAAGGUGAAGCUUGCAUCAAAGUAUUUGAGGGUCACACGAAAGGAACUUAUCCUAUAUUACAUGUACCGAUGGAUGAAAAUGCUGGAUUGGACUUGGGAGCUGGUGUCUUAGUUAGUGGAUCAGCUGACUGUACAGCUAGAUCCUGGUCUGUUGAUUCAGGCCUUUGCUUAAAAAUAUUUCGAGGUCACACUGCUCCCUUAAAUUGUUUAGAGUAUGAUGAUAUGAAGCAGGUCCUAUACACCGCAGGAGGAGAUGCUAUAAUUAAAAGCUGGAAUCUUAUGACAGGUGAAGCCCUUAGAACUUUCAGUGGACACGAAGGACCUAUAUUUUCUUUACUGGUUCAUAAAAGAAUGAUGUAUUCCGGAAGUUCAGACAAAAGUGCCAGAUCAUGGGUUCUAGAAUUCGGAGAAUGUACCAGAAUAUAUCGUGGACAUCGACACACUGUAUCGUCGAUUCGACAUUUUGAGGGAAUGAUAUACACAGGAUGCGGAGAUGCAGUAGCUAGAAUGUUCGAAGCCAAAUCAGGAACUUUGAAGCGGGCAUUCAAAGGACAUGAAAAUGCCAUCGUCUGCGUUGAGGUCGUCCCCGAGAAAGUAUUUACUGGUUCAUAUGAUGGUAGUUUACGAGUGUGGACCACAAGUGGCGUAAAAGAUGAGACAGUAUUUGGAACCGAUUAUGACGAUAGGAAUUCUAAAGAUGAUGAUAUGGAAGAAGAUAGUGAAGAUGUACAGAAAGCUGUUAAAUCUCUUGAUCCCUACCUAACUUAUUGAUUAUUGUAAUAAAUUUUUACUUCCUUCUA